GCUGUUACCUCAUAGCUAACUGAUUUAUUAGUUCAUAGAAAUAGAAGAUGGAAAAUAUGCGGAUUUAUGAUACGAUAUGAUCAAAGACACGAGCAGUGGAGGAUUCUACUACUCAGCAUUCUGAAGAAGCCAGAAAGGUGUCGGACAUACUCUUACUGUAGAUCCUCCGGAUGCUGUAAAAAAAGGCUUUGAAAAUCUGUUACUUAAGUAAGUGGGCUGGAAAAGCAGCAACCUUCCCAUUUUUGCAGAAGUGAAGGUUCAGUUUAAAACCACAAGCUCAGUUUUGCAGUGUACACUUGUUUUUAACCAUGGCUAACAACUCGAUGCACUGUUUGUCUUCACAAAAGGAUUUGGGCAAUAUUCUUCCUCCUAUCCUCAUCAUGGAGUUCCUGCUUGGCCUCCCAGGAAAUGCUGUGGCUUUGUGGAUCUUCUGUUUCCGCAUGAAUCUAUGGAAGCCCAGCACUGUGUAUCUUCUUAACCUGGUGGCGGCAGAUUUUCUGUUGAUCAUCAGCCUGCCUUUCCGAAUUGACAACCUGAUGAGGGGGGAGAAUUGGGUGUUUGGAGAUGCCAUGUGUCGAAUUAACCUCUUCAUGCUGGCGGUGAAUCGCUCAGCCAGUAUCAGCUUCAUGACAAUCAUUGCCAUUGACCGUUACUUCAAGGUUGUCCAUCCACACCAUUUUAUGAACCGCCUGUCUGCAAUGCAAGGGGCCAUAAUAUCUGGCUUGAUGUGGGCCCUGGUGCUCUCUCUGAGGAUCCCUCUGCUCACUAAUCAGCUACUCUAUGAACACGACAACAGCUCGCUGUGUCGGAGCUUCAGCACCUACAAGGAAUACAGCUUUGGAAUCAAGUUGCACUACGUACUAUAUAUUGCUGAGUUCUUCUUGCCCUUAUUCCUUCUGCUCUUCUGCACUUUCAAGAUUGUCUGGAUUCUCAAGUUUCGGAAGAUGGAUAAGGACCGCAAGGUUAGACGAGCCAUUGUGGUCAUCGGGGUCAUCGUUGGAGUAUUUGCACUCUGCUUCAUGCCCGGGAUUGUGACCGGUAUAGUUACCCUUCUCAUCCAGAAGUACAGACCAGGUGAUUGCGUUUCAUUCUUAACUGCGUCCAGUCUUUUCAGCCUUUCCAUAGGUUUCACCUAUCUAAACAGUGCUCUGGAUCCCGUCAUUUACUGCUUCUCUAGCCCGCUGUUUACAAAGACAUUGAAGACUGCCUUCAACACACUGGGGUGGUGUCACCUGGAAGUGGACAGGAGAGGUAGUGCCACCAGUGAGGGGUGAAAGAUGGGUCUUUCUACUCACAAGAUUUCAAAUACCAAUGCACGGACUUCUAGAAAGAGUUAUCUGCUUGCAAACAUGCUUAGAAACAGUCAUCACUAAUUUGGAGGGUUCUUUAUCCUCCUCAAAAAUGACUCCCAAAAUAAAGGUAAUUGAAUCUAAUAUCACUUUUGAACUUAUGUCUUACAGCUUGUGCACUUUGAAUUAAAGGACUUGACUUCUAUGUAGACAUCUGUGUGUACAAUUUAGUGUGCUAUUAAUAUGAGAUGGCAGCCUAUAUAUCAGGAUAUGGCCAUUUUGAAGGCCAUUUAGAAAUUGUUAAAUAGGAGACCAUGUUGUGUAAAAAAGUACUUAGUCAUCAAAUAUUGCUUUACUUCAAAGCCUUUUCAGAAGAGUAUAUGAUUUUUUUGUUUUUCAAAACUUUCCUUUGCAUGUUUGUGGUCUUAAAAAGUUGCAAUUAAAAGCUAUGCAAGACAACAGCAAAUAUAAUGUUUCUGUCAUUGAGGAAAUCUGGAUUUAAUUUGUGUGAAAUGAAUGUAAAUGUAAAUCUAAAAAUAAAUAUGUAUAUAA